AAGUAGAGGUACGUAUUUCUUCAUGCAGUCAAUAAAUUCCCGUGCAAAAUAAUAUUAUGUUAGAACCUGCGGAUAAGAAGGUAAAGAUGGCGUCUUCUUUGGAACAGCUGAAGCGGCAUACAAUUGUGGUGGCAGAUACUGGUGAUUUUGAAGCAAUGAAGCAGUACAAACCAACGGAUGCCACCACUAAUCCUUCCCUGAUUCUACAGGCUUCUUCUCUUCCACAAUACCAGACUCUUAUUGAAAAGGCUCUGAAGUAUGGAAGGGGUCAUGGAAGAUCAUUUGAUGAACAGUUAUCCAUAGCUAUGGAUAAACUUUUUGUUUUAUUUGGUUGUGAAAUCUUGAAGAUAAUUCCUGGAAGGGUUUCUACUGAAGUAGAUGCAAGGCUAUCUUUUGACAAAGAAGGAUCUAUAGUUAAGGCCAAGAAAAUUAUUCAGCUCUAUGAAGAAGAAGGAAUUGGGAAAGAGAGGAUUCUUAUAAAGUUGGCUUCAACCUGGGAAGGAAUACAGGCUGCCAAGGUAUUGGAAGAAGAAGACAAUAUCCACUGUAAUAUGACACUUUUGUUUAAUUUUGCACAGGCUGUUUGUUGUGCUGAUGCGGGUGUCACACUUAUCUCCCCUUUUGUGGGACGUAUUCUUGAUUGGUAUGUACAAAACACCGACAAAAAAUCUUACGAACCUGAAGAAGACCCUGGGGUACUGAGUGUGAGAAAGAUCUACAAUUACUACAAGAAGUAUGACUAUAAGACCGUGGUGAUGGGAGCAUCUUUCCGUAACAUUGGGGAGGUCAAAGCUCUAUCUGGUUGUGAUUUACUAACAAUCAGUCCAAAACUUCUUGGUGAACUUGCUGAAUCAACUGAAGAAGUUCAUGCACACCUCACUGAACAGUCUGCUAAAAAGGAAGACCUUGAAAAAGUAGAAAUUGAUGAGAAGACAUUCCGUUGGGAACUCAAUGAAGAUCAAAUGGCUAAUGAUAAGUUGUCGGAAGGUAUUCGCAAGUUUGCUGCAGAUGCCAGAAAACUAGAAAACAUUUUGAGAGAACGGCUGAAAUAAGUAGACAGGAAAGAUCAUUAAAGUAAAAGUAAAUUAAGCUUUUCAGCAUAGUAUCUGCUUAUUAAAAGAACACGUACCCAGUGAGGUUGUAUAACUAAAAAUAAAUAUUUUUAUUAAUGUUGGCUUCUUUAAGUUUUAUUUUGUGAAAAUGUUACUUGUUUGAAAAAAAAAACAUUUGUUUUCUUGUGUAAUUUUUUUUAUACUUUGAAGUACGAAACUCUCUUAUCAGUCAUUCAUUUACCUAAAAUAGUUCAAAGAUGCUGCAAGAUAAAAUUAUACUGUUAUUCCAUGCUUUAAGUAGAAUGGGCUAUACACAACCACUAGAUAAAUAUAAAUAAUAAUAAUAAAAAAAGCUUGAAAUAUUACUUAAUGAUGUAAAAGGUGAUGGAUUUAAUAAAAAAUACAAAAUAUGAAAAUAUG